AAAAGAGAAAACAAAACCGAUAACAAAACUAAGCAUGCCUGGAUUCGUUAUACUCCCGUCAACAGGCACAGUUAAGCCAGACGAAACGGAAAAAAUAGAAGUUCAAUGCACUCCAUUAGAAGCGAUUGCUUACGAAGAUGCUAUAGUGAUGCAUAUAUCGGAGCCUAGAAAGUGUGACAUAAACGGGAGACACUUGAAUCUACAUGCCAAAGGAUCAGAGCCUCAUCUUGACUUCAAAGAUAUCGAUAAGGUUUUUAGAGAGCAAUAUAUUGUGGAGACUGUAGACGACUUUAUACAAGGCAUUGGGGCUUGCUGUGCUUAUAUCAAGUCAGAAUCGGUGCUAUAUUUUAAGAACGCCUGCGUCCGAAAGACAUCUUCAGCGAGGAUAUAUCUUAAAAAUAUAGGUGACGUAAUAGCUAACGUCGUUUUGAAGGUGGACAAUAAACAGAAUUACAUGGUUUCUCCUAGGGAGUGCAUCAUUGAAGCCUACAAUACAGAGACUGUAACAAUAGCUUUCACCCCUGAUUCAAUAAACGUAAUCGAAGGCAAAUUGGAAAUUUCAUACAAUGCAACCGCAAACAGCAAGUACGUUUUGAAACUGAUGGGCGAGAGUUGUAUCCCUCGAGUUGUCCUGCUAGAACCGACAAGCAAAGAUCAUGAAAACCAAAGUUUAAUUUUGUUUCCGCCCACUUUUCUCGGUGAGCAAAAUGAACAUAACGUAAGCAUAAAGAAUGUGGGUCCUAUCGGUGCCAGAGUUAUCUUGGAAUUAUGUGGAAAUACUGAAGAGGUUUUGUCCUUGCAAGUUGCUGAGGAUACGAGGCAGUAUUUGAAUAUAGCUGAUUUCCCAGCUUUCGUUGACGUCAAGUAUUCAACGUUGGUGAAUCUGCCACCGUCAAAAAUCGGAAACUUCAGGGUGUUCUUUAAACCGACAUCUGACAAGAAAAUUACAGCUCUUCUGAAAAUCCAUACAGUUGACAACAUCUUUGAAAUCAUAAAGAUAGAGCUCAUGGGCAUCGGUUUUCACCAUGAAAUCCGCUUCGAUCUACCCGUGUCCUACUAUAUGAGCAGCAGCAAGUCUAGUCCGUCUUUCAGCUAUGAUCUGGACUUUGGAUUCACUUCGCUUAAUCGAAUUUUGAACAAAACGUUCACAAUAACGAAUCUGUCAUUCAACAGCACGUACAAGUUUGAGAUAUGCAGCAACUGUGCUGUGAUGUUCGUACCGAGUGUAGGACAUUUGAAACCGAUGGUUACGAAGACUAUAGUAGCAUCUUUUUGCACUAAUGAACCGCUAGCACUGGAAAAGGUGAAUAUAAACUGCCACGUGGUGAGAAUAGAGUACGUGGAGCCUUCAGCUGCAGACAUUUCCUGGGACGAUAGACAGGAAAUGAUGGUUUGGAAAUUACCAAGCCAGACUGAAUCCGGUGACCUUAACGAUAAGGAUGGUUCAAAAACGAAACUAGUAUCGCACACAGAACCAGAAAUAAUCGAAAAGUCAGAACACGAUUUCAUAAAACUCUUCAUAACAGGAAAGGCAGAUUAUGCCAUGUACAUAACGACGAUGAAAGAGAUUGUAUUUCCCAAUACUUUUUUGAAUGAGCAAAGUACAGUGGAAUUUGAAGUUAUCAAUGAUGGAACGGUACCGCUGCAAAUAACAUGGGCAAUCAAGGACUUCGAGGAAGAUGAUGUACAGAGACCAUUCACACCUAAGACAGAAUCACUCCGAAGUCACGACUGUUCCUUGCGAAGCACUUGCAGUUCGACCUCUCUGUCAUCGUUAUUUAGUUCGACCACACCUACUGGACAUCCAGCCUCGACUUUUCCUGAGAUGCAUGUCCAGAAGAAAAAUCCUUUUAGAGUUAUUCCAGAAUCUGACACUAUCCCAGUUCAUUCAGGGAGACGAUUCCAGGUGACCUUCGCUCCAAUAGAAGCCUCUCUUUAUACUCUUCAAUUAAUUUCCAACAUUCCUUCAUUGAGUCCCACACUAUCGGAAAUUGAAGUUGCUCUAAUGGGAAAAGCCAUUCUGCCAGAAUACUAUUUCGAGUUGGAAUAUACCGAUUACCUUAAUAGUCGACCGCACAUACCGAAUUGUAAUAAUGAGGACAUUGCUAACUGCAAGAUCAUUGAAUUUUUAUCUAUUGGAGUUGGAGUCGUUUGUACAAGAAAAUUCAAUUUUGUAAAUCCUGACAAAGACGACACAACCUUCAGGUUAUCUCCAAAAGGGGAAAAUAACCACUUCACAUAUUUUUCGUGUAAAAGCAAUACUGGUAUUGUGAAAGGGAGCAAAAAAUGUGAGAUUUGUUUCACAUUUACGCCUCAAGAACUAGGAGCAUACGAAGAAUUCUACCAAUUUCAUGUUGAAGGCAAGAAUCCCACUACAUUUUUAUUGGCCGGUCAAUGUCGAGAGCCGCACGUUUACUUCAAAACCCCAUUCAUAACCAUUGAACCAACAUUGCUACACGUGGCAAAAACUGUGACGGUCGAACUUAAAAACGACGAGUAUCAAGAGUGUCCUUUCAGAAUCUGUAAGGGAAGCUUGUUGGACGGAAAUUCCAAAAGAGUGCUGGAAGUGAUUCCUAUGUCAGGCAAUGUGGCACCGAGAAGUGAAACGAGCGUUAAGAUUAUAUUCAAUGCAGAAGAGCCAGGCCCGGUGAAUUUUGAUUUGAGGUGUACCGUAAGACAAAUUAAGGAACCAUUACAUCUUGGAAUAUCAGCAAACUGUUUGACAGUUGUUAGUAAGGUAUUCUAUACAGACGUGGCAGGAGACCUUAUAAUAUUGAAGGCUGAUGAAGACAAUUAUAUGAAUUUUAAAAAUGUGAUGUUGAAAAAUCCUUCAACACAAAAAAUAUCCAUAGUAAACGAAGGUUAUAUUGGAUUUUAUUAUACUUGGCACGUGGACAAAAGCACCACAAAUCCUUUUGUUGACAUUACGAUAGAAGAAGAAAAAGGAUUUUUGGCUGGUGGUACUUUUAAUGAUUCCGUUUUAACAUUGACGCCGCAGAGAAAAUCUGCUAUACAUGACAUGAAGAUCAUUCUGCAGAUUUCCUAUGGACCAAAAUAUGUGAUCAAAAUAAAUGCAAUAGCUGGAAAACCACUUUUUAAAUUUUCGUUUGUGAACUAUGACUUUGGACAUUGCCUAGUGCAAAAGAACAAAUCAAAAUAUUAUGGCACGUUACUUACUUGCAAAAAUUAUGAUACUCGACCGUUAGUAAUCGAAAACCUAUUCGAUACCAACGCAAACCUAUCCGUAAACUUCAAAUCAGCAACAAUCGCGCCGAACAGUUUGGUGACUAUUCCCAUCUACUUCCACCCCCUAACUGUGGGAAAACACCACUUUGCUAUCCCGUUUGACGUCAGCACUUCCAAGUAUAUCGUGAAUGUUAAUGGAAAUGCUGUCAAACUUAACAUCCAGCUGUUUGACAUUAGGGAUAAGUUCAUCGAUAUUGGUAGUAUGAAAGUUGGAAGUAUCAAGAAACGGGCGAUUCAGGUACUGAAUAAAACACCUACUGAAAUGGAUGUAUACUUUGCCUUGUGGGAUCAUUUGCCUAUGCGUAAACGACCUCAAGAAAAGGCUGAGAUGAUACUGAAAUUACCAGAAGUUCCUGAACCCGUCGUUAAAAAGGGAAACGGCAAAAUCAAAAAAUAUAAAGGUAGUGAAGAUAAGAAGAAGGGUAAGUCGAAAGAAGAAGGGAAUACAGAAAAAAGUUCAAAAUCAACCAAGAAGGACAAAAAGAAACUCAAAGAAGAUGAAGAUAGGCAUAGCAGAUCUGGGUCUGAUCAGCUUUUUGGGCCAAAGGUGAACUUGACCGAACCUCCAAAAAUGGACAUGUCGCAGUACGUGAAAAUAUCACCAAAGACGAGCAUUCAUAUGCUGCCUGAUAAAAAAUACGAGAUCAUCGUAGAAUUCAAUGCCAAACAACGAUUGGAAGAGUUUGUAGAAAAGAUUUUCUACGAAGUUCAAGACUACGCGCUACCCCUAUGCGUAGUGAAAGGCUCUUAUGUAGCUCCCGAAUUUUCUCUGGACAAAAAUAUGCUAACAUUCGCUAAUGUUGUUCUGGGAUGUCAUCGUGACAUGUACAUCCUCUUGCAAAACACCGGCGAUUUGAAAGGAAGAUUCAAAUGGGUCGUCGACAGAAAUGAUCAGUUUGAGAUACAUCCGAUGGAUGGCGUUAUCAUGCCUAAGACUGUAAUGAAGAUAUGUAUAACCUAUCGGCCUAAAGUGAUGCAAUGUCAGUUAAUAUUGAAGAGCAAAUGUAUAAUAAAUGGAGUAACCCAUCUACCUCUUACUAUCGUUGCUAACUCGGUAAACUGGCCAAAUCCUGCAGAACACCUCACUUUUUUUUGUCCAGUAAGGACCGAGACAUCCCAAACAGUAACGUUGUACAACAAUACCAAAGUUACAUGGAACCUGAAGCCUAUUUUGACUGGAGAAGAAUUUAUAAUACCAGACGAAAUAAUGAUUCCUGCGGAGACGAAUUAUUUGCUUCACAUCAGUUACGUUCCAAGAGCAAUGAACAGCCCACAUAAGGCCACGAUAUUUUUGGAGCUGCCCGAAGGCCAAGCUCUACUGUAUGACUUGACAGGCACAGCUCAGCCCCCGUUAAUAGUAGAUAACAUUACAAGAGAGAUACCCUGUAAGAAACUGCAUAAAGAAACGUUGAAGGUUGAAAAUUGGUUGAACAGACAGCAAACAUUCACGGUGAAAACUGAGUUGAUCAGUACACCUACGAUUAAAAGUAUUUACAGGGUGACUGGAAAGGAAGUGAUUGCACUACCACCAAAUGCGACGAAGAAAUACAAUUGGAACAUUUAUGUUGUUAACGAGGAACCACUGAAAUUCAGGGUAACAUUCACUAAUCCAGACACAAAAGAAUAUCUUUGCUACGAAAUAUCCCUGAAACUUCUACCAAGCGGACCUUUGGAUGCCAUAUACAUAGAGACGUGCCUUCGGGAACUGAAGAAAGUCACGAUUAAACUUGAGAAUCCUAUCAACAUACCGGUCACAUUCUUCAACGAAUGUCGCCUGCCAGAUAUCUUGUACAAGAAGGUUGUUACUAUUCCACCUCACAGCACGCAUAACUUGGAAUUGUGCUACUUUCCAAUAAAGGUAGAUAACUCUCGAUGGAAUUUUGAGGUGAAAAGUGAUGAGCUGGGAAUGUUUAUAUACUCCUUGAACGUAAAAGCUAACCCUCCACUUGUAGAAAAGGUUGUCCGUUUCGAGACAGAACUAGGAGAAAAAUCUUUUGCUUCAGUUAGCUUGCGUAAUAAUUUCAUGGUACCUGUGGAACUCAAUGGAAAGUUUGAAAAUCCUGCAUUUUUGUUGGAAAGUUCGACAGCUACUUUGCCAGGAGAAGAAGGAAGAUACGUGUUUUGUUUUGAACCAUUUGAACUAGGAAUAACGAAAUGCAAAGCGGUACUUUCUUCACCAAUGACAGGAGAUUUCAUAUAUCCACUAACAGGCGAAUGUACACCGCCAAAACCCAAAGGACCGUACACGAUAAGAUCCGGAGGCAUGAUCGCUGUAAACUUCACGAAUCCCUUUUUGGAAACCAAAGAGUUCCAUUUCACAUGUGAUAACAAAGAUUUUCUGUUAAGAAACAAUGAAGAGGAGAUACGGGGAAGAAAAAGUACCAACAUAAUCGUUACUUUUGUGUCUUCAAGAUUAGAACAUACUUCGCUAGCAUGUCCAUCUACUGCCAAAAUGACUGUCAAGUGUCUGGAUCCGGAACUACAUCACAUUACAUGGUUGUAUUACCUGCAGGGUGAUAAUGAGUGAUUAUAUUUUAUUUUUAAUAUAUAAUAAUGGUAUUUUUUAGUGAAAGA